CGGUCCUCUGACUAUGUGGGGGGAAAAAAAAGCCAUUUUCUGGCGCUGCUGCAAGAUCUAACGUUAACCAACUCAAAAUAAUUUACCUGUAUCCACGUCGGAAGGUACGGGUGUUUUUCAUGUCAAAUCAGGUCCUUCCAGAUGGAUAAAAUGCAACCCAGUCGGCUAAAAAUCACAGAGCUGAAUCCUAACCUGAUAUGCCCACUGUGUGUGGGCUACUUCAUCGAUGCCACAACCAUCGUGGAGUGCUUGCACUCAUUCUGCAAGACGUGCAUUGUUGCCUUCCUGGAAACCAACAAGUUCUGCCCCAGAUGUGAUGUGCAAGUACACAAGACGUGUCCACAGCUCAGCAUCAGGUCAGACAAAACUCUACAGGACAUUGUAUACAAGUUGGUGCCUGGAUUAUUCAAAGAUGAGAUGAAACGAAGGCGGGACUUCUACACAAACCAGGAAAACCAACACCUGGAGCCAGGAGAAGUGGUGGAGGAGCCGACUAUUAUUGCAGAAGAUGAAAUCAUCAGUCUCUCCAUUCAGUUCCAUGAGAAGAACAAAAGUGACACACAACCUGUGGAUACAGAAGGAGACAAUACCAACAGCAAACGCUUCCUGCAAUGCCCGGCAGCCAUGACAGUCCUGCACUUAGCGAAGUUCCUGCGUAGCAAGAUGGACAUUCCAAACACCUUACGGAUUGAAGUGCUGUACGUUGAUGAGCCCUUAAAGGACUACUACACGCUGAUGGAUAUUGCCUACAUGUAUUCUUGGCGACGUAAUGGCCCCCUCCCCCUGCAGUACUGGGUCAAGCCCACCCGGAAGCGUCGAAGGCUGUCCCAAGGUGCCGCCCAGGCCCACUCCGACGGUGUCAACACAAGCCCCACCUCUGAGAGCGACUCCCACAGCGACAAGGCCCUGAGCCCGGCUGGUCAGGCCCCCAGAGCCUCCACCCUGCCCAGCCCUGCCCUCCGAGGCCAACCCUCUACCCUUCAGAGCCCCAGCGGUACCACAGGACCCAACGGUACUCAACGGCUCCCUCUAGCCUCCAAGUCAGGGAGCAACGCCCGCAAGGUGAACGUCAACGGCAAAAGCAAUGGAGCGGCGACUGAGACUAGGGGAGGGGACAAAGGGGCAGUAUCACCCCCAACCUAAAUCUGAUACAUCCCAGAAACAUGGAGAGUGGAACGGAAUUGCCCCAAAAUGUCGGAGAAGCCCCUCAAUGGACCAAUGGACAGACAAGGAGAAAAUCUGCCAAGAGAGUACUGAGGGAGAGGGCGAUUGUGAUCAGCAAAAAGACUGUCAAGGGCAGCCAAAUAGACAUUUCAUUUCAAUGUGUGUGUGUCUGUGUGUUAGAGUAAACAUGCAUACAAAAUGUACAAUAUGUAUCCAAUGUGAGCAUUCGUACAUACCUGGUCAUGUAUAUGGAGUAUCUUUUAUACAGGAUAUUGUAAUUGUUUUGUAACUGUAUAACAUGCAGUCGGUUCAA